AUCGGUGGGCUUGAUCGAACAGCGCCGUUACCCAACUGGUGUAGUGACCGUGCGCAUCGUCGCUGAUCGUUCCUGUGAUGGGUGAUCGGAGCCUCGAUUGAGAUCUGGUGUUACGAUAGAUACAUUCUAACACUAGCUAACACUGUACCUUAGUGUCGUUGCAGUAAAUUCCAGGAAAUGGGGUCGAAGCGUGGCCGUUUCGCGGGAGAAUUGCACUGUGUCAUUGCGGAGGGUGAUGCUGAAGACUCAAAUCCUUCAGGAAAAGAGUGAGGAGAUGGACGAGGAAAUAUGUCAUCCCCAGGAUAUUGUCUCUUGGCCAAGCGUGUUGGUCACCACACGAAAAGCUUCUCCUCAAAUAGUCCAAAUUUAGCACUAUUCUGCGAAAAUAACUGUGGACAAUCAUUUUGUUUCGUCACACUUCUUCGGAAUGAAAAUCCUCGUGGCCUCUUCAGCUGAUUUGUAAACUAACUGGACACACUUUUGAUAACAUUCCAUCGCUUUUUGUGGUAGUUUUCUUAUCCCACGUUCUGCAUCAACAUGCUCUUUCAUCCACACAGCAUCACCGAAUGAGACCAGAUGAUAGACAUCGCAGUUCACCCCCGCCCUCUCAAUUAACCUGCAGUUCGCAACAUUUCUAAUGUUUAGGUCGACUUGCGGAGAAAUUGAAUAAUCACAGCUUCGCAGGCCCUGCGAUGUCGCCAGAUUUUUUCCUACGAAGAAGCUGCUUCCAUUCGUAGGUGAGUGCAGGGACAGUUGUGCUCGGCCACAAAAUACCACCAGGCGUCCACCCCAUCGUAUUUAUUCCGGGUCAAAUACAAGGAGAAUCGGGCAAGAUGCCCUGUUUUUUCUGAAAGGGAAUCAAUGGAGCACACUAUCCGAUGUCACUUCGAAGAGGAAACCUGAAUCCGGCGUGUGGACUUUGCACGGCUAAACUGUAGAGAAAGAGUUUGGUCGCCAUUGUGACCUGUACGUAAGUCAAUGGAUCGUGGGCAGCGUCGUCGAGCUUCGAGUGCAAGUUUCCAAAUGGAGACCGUAUUAGUAGGUGUUGAAUGACGAGCUUGACAUUGUUGGGUCGAAGGAGGUGAAGGGUGUGUGAGCCCCGGCUCUUCGGUGCUAGUUGAAUCUGCGAACCCAGCCCGACGAUGAUGAAUUGGGUCUGGAAAGAGGCUGCGUUGUUUCCUGCUGCUGCUGCUAUUGUGGAUUGUGGAGCGAAUUGAGCCUUAGAAUCGAGCAGGAUGGGUCGAAGAAUACAAGGUAGCGCAAUUGGCACUCUGACGCGUCAGAGUAGGUAGGAUAGUAGCAUGGUAAGUGCUAAGCUGUUCGAAUACACAGCAUACGAAUCUGCAACAGUAGCGCGUUAGUCGAAAUUCUGGACGAGCUACUCCACGAGAAUUGAGCCUGAUCGCGGUUCGAAGCUUGUGAUUGCAAUCAUACCCACCUUUACCCAACGCGAUGGUCGACGAACGAUACGCUUUGUUCAAGGAUUUACUUGGAAGAUAUAGAUCUUAUCGCGUAGAAAUUCUCAGAAACGAAAUACGUCUUCUCUCGUCAUGAACCUGGAAGUUCCCUGGCUGUAAUUCUGCUUCAUCACAUUCUUAUUUGGAGUAGACUUGGCCGACAGGGAGGGACGAACAUGGGCGACGCUCAGGUUCCGCUGCUUGCCGGCCAUUACAACAACGGAGAGCAGGAAAGUCUGAAAGCUGAGUCUGCAGGGAUAAACGCACGCAGUAAGGAUCAAGCGAGCGUCCAAAGGAGAGAUUGCAUCAAUGACGAGGUGUGCGUGACAAUCCCAAUUUCAGAUGAGUUGGAGGAAAACUUGAGUCGAAAAGAGAAAGAUGCUGAUUCUUUCGAAGAGAAUGCGGAUGGGGAUCUCGAGCGAAUGCAGAAGGCGCUGGAACUCUUCUCAGAUGUGCCAUCGUUCGGUAAACUGCCUACCAUAGAUCCCUUCCUCAACAAGACGCCUGCCGUGAGGGGAAUGUACGAGAACCUGAAGACAGUGCUGCUGCUGCCUCUGAUGGUAGUGCGGUUGCUGGUCAUUUUGAUGAUUCUUGUGGUGGGAUUCAUUGCCACCAAGAUAGCGCUGGCAGGGUGGGAGAACGGGCAAUCGGUUCUUCCGAGAUGGCGUCGCAAGCUCAUGUCUGUAACACGACUUUGUGGUCGUGGAAUUCUGUUCUGCUAUGGGUUUCAAUGGAUUCGGCGUAUCGGGCGGCCUGCGCCCAAGGAGGUUGCUCCAAUCGUGGUUUCCAACCAUGUGUCGUUCAUCGAUCCCAUAUUUUACUUUUAUGAGCUUUUUCCUAGUAUCGUGAGCUCCAAGUCGCACGACAGUCUGUUUAUGGCGGGGACCAUCAUCCGUUCAAUGCAGGUUAUUGCUGUCGACAGAACGUCUGCUGAAUCGAGAAAGUCUGCAACAGCUGAAAUCAAAAGGAGAGCGGCUAGCAUGGAGUUUCCGUCUGUAUUGUUGUUUCCCGAGGGCACAACAACGAAUGGGAGGUCACUGAUUUCAUUUAAGCCGGGCGCAUUUGUUCCUGGAUUUCCAAUUCAACCAGUAGUUAUUCGCUACCCCUUUGUUCACUUCGAUAUUUCCUGGGGUGACAUUUCAUUGACCAAUUUAGUGUUUCGGAUGUUCACGCAGUUCAACAACUUCAUGGAGGUUCAGUAUUUACCAGUUAUUUAUCCAUCUGCGUGGGAGGUCGAAAACCCGUCGGAGUUUGCCGACCGGGUUAGGUAUGAAAUGGCACGGGCUCUGUGCGUGCCAGUGACGGAGCAUACGCAUGGUGAUCUGAUGUUGUCUGUGAACGCCCAACGGCUUUUCUUGCGUUUCCCAGCGAAUUACAUGGUGGAAAUGGGGAAAGUGGAGAAGGCACUUGGGUUGAGGACAGGAGAUGUGAAGAAAUUUCUGGAGAAGUUUGCCGCAAUGGGCCCAUCUUGUUGUGGCACCGUCAGCGUGAACCAGUUUCUCGAAUGGCAUCAUUUGCCGAAAUGUUGGAUUUCGAGGAAGAUAUUUGAUCUUUUUGAUAAAUCGAGACAAGGCUUUAUCACCUUCAGAGAGUUUGUGGUUGCAUCAGGGUCAUUUCUUAAAACCCAGGAGUUAAGAAGUCAUAUGCGAGCAGCUUACAGUGCAUGCAACCUUCAAGGCGAUGGUCGUAUCUCACCUAUUGAGUUGGAGAACUGCUUAAAGUUGAGUAUGCCGUCAAUCAACAAUGCCAAGGUGAAGAUGUGGUUUAAGCGGCUUGACCUAGACAAUGACGGAGUUAUAAGCUGGGAGGAGUUUGAAACCUUCAUAGAGACGAACCUUGAGUUAUUACCAAUAUUCAUGAUGUGCACCUGAGCAUAUUGAGUCCACCUAACUUCGAUCAAGCAAUUGUAUACUGUUAUUCCAUUUUGAGUAGAUCCAGAGCAACACCAAAGCUUUCAAACAGACGGAUUGCACGUCAAUAUAUACCAGACUGUUAAGAUGGUCCUGGUUGCUAGAGAACCUUUUUACUUGGUUCUAUCUCUAUCUGUGAUGCUGAGACCAAAUCCAUGCCCAAUCUAACUUGAAAAGUGCAUCACAAGAGGGGCUUGGAACUAUAGCGACACUGUUUUUGGGGUUGCCGUAAUGAUGAGUUGAAUUGUAGCAAGUGUUCAAUCCAGUGGUACUCAUCGAUGUAUACUGGUAUUAUGGAGAAUACUUUUGGGGGAGAAUGCUUGCGUAAAUAUUUAUUGUGUUUAGAGAGUGCGUAAAGUGACAAAUGAAUUAGAUGUGCAGAGACAGACCGUAGUGCCUGAUGUUGUGGAUAAUCGGUGGUGAUAGUUGUUUGGUACAAAAGCAGUGUUUCACACAACAAGCUAUUAGUGUAGGAAUGUUUUUAUAUUGAACACAUAAUGGGCUUGCCGAAAAUAGCGACUUGUUUGUCGAACUCAGUGUCUUACGACUUUGUAACGUACAGCGAUUCUCUACACUAUCCUGUGUCCUGGAGAAUGUAUGAUAAUAUUCGUGACUUUUUUUAUA